ACCCUGCGAUCGAUAACCUCAAAAAAAUAUACAAUGGUCGCCACGCGUUAACUGUACAUAAUCCUGCGUCGUGAACAUGGUGCUCAGCUGCGAAACGUGGCUGAUAAUAUUCGGCGCGUUACUUUCCGUAUUCCUUCGAUGCACCACCACCCUCCACCCCCACUCGGGGAUGCACCGGCCGCCCAUGUACGGCGACUACGAGGCGCAACGUCACUGGAUGGAGAUCACCACCAAUUUGCCAAUUGGACAGUGGUACCACAACGGUACGGACAACGAUUUGGAGUACUGGGGGCUGGACUACCCCCCAUUGACGGCCUAUCACAUGUAUCUGUGCGGGAAAGUGGCGCAUUUUUUGAACAAGAACUAUACCACUUUGUACGAGAGUCGGGGGUAUGAAAGUGAUGAACAUAAAGUCUUUAUGAGGUACACGGUGUUGGUGGCAGAUAUUAUUUUGUACGUACCAGCGAUUAUUUUGUACUAUUGUACCACGCACACCGACAACAAGCACGAACGUGUGUUAUCGCAGUCUUUGUCCAUAAUUCUGUCACUUUUGUACCCUGGUAUAAUUUUAAUAGAUCACGGGCAUUUCCAGUACAAUUGUGUGUCUUUGGCCCUCUUGAUUUACGCCACAAUAUUCUUAAUUAAACGCAAGAACAUAUUGGCAUCUAUUUGUUUUUGUCUUGCUUUGAACUACAAGCAAAUGGAGCUGUACCAUUCCUUGCCCUUUUUCCUGUACUUGUUAAGUACGUGCGUGCCCAAGCCUGGUCAAAACUGGUACAACGGCGUGUUUAAACUCGCCAAAAUAGCCACGACUGUCCUUGUAACUUUUGUCAUUAUUUGGUGGCCUUUCCUCGGUGAUUUCGAGGGGUUGUUACAAAUUUUGCAUCGGCAAUUCCCUCUGGCAAGAGGUGUGUUUGAAGACAAGGUCUCCAACGUUUGGUGUGCCUUGAAUGUCAUCUUCAAAUUCAAAACGAAGUUCUGCAACUAUACAAUGAUGAGGAUUUGUUUGUUUGCCACUUUGUCUGCCAUUUUCCCAAGCAGUGCCGACUUAUUCCUGCGUCCCAACGUCAAGAAAUUCGUUCUAGCUUUGAUCAACUCUUCACUGGCGUUUUUCUUGUUCAGUUUUCAAGUACACGAAAAAUCCAUACUUCUAGUAGCCAUUCCAGUGUUACUGCACUUCUCCCGUGCCCCCUUUGUCUGUUUCUGGUUCCUCACCAUGUCAAUUUUCAGCAUGCUGCCGUUGCUAAUCAAAGACGGUUUGGUGACGGCUACAAUUUCCCUCACAAUUUUCUAUGCAGUGAGUUUUCGUGUCAGCAUAGAACACGCCUAUAGGAACGUGCUAAACCACAACGACUGCUUCGGCGUGUACUACUCAAAGUUCGUACGCAUUCUCCUGAACUUGGACCACAAAAACGGUCCCAAGAACCUCCUCAAACAGAUCGCCAAAAACACGGAGGCGAUUCGGAAGUUCUUCUUCCACCUGACCAUGGGCAUUUCGUUGUUUGGCUGCGUGGUGCUGACGUUAGCCACUUUGGUACUUGAACCACCAGCCAGGUACCCCGAUUUGUUCCCGUUGCUGAUCUCCGUUUAUUCCUGCGUACAUUUUAUCGGUUUCUUCAUCUAUUUUAACGUGCAACAACUAAAAAUACCGCAGCAGUUCGAGGACGUACGUUAUGUAAAGGUCAAAGAGUCUUGAAUAAAUUGUAUUAAUUGUUA